UAGCUAAGAAAAGGUGCAAUAGGCUAGCCUAUUGUAGCUAGUGAUUCUAGAUGACUAAACUCAACUGCAUGGCGAAGGAAGUAGUUCUAGACCAGUGACUGAGACGGUCCAGGUGUGGACUCAAAUCUCGUGCGUCUGUGGAAACAGCAGCUCGCUGACAGUUACUCUCUUGUGGACAGAUCUAUGUAAACCUAACUGGUACCAUAGAACUGUAAUUAAGCAGCUGGCCAAUUACGCAAGCCUUUAGUUCUGGUUAAUCGAAAUUAGCUGACAGUCAGAAGUUCUAUGAACCAGAGGCAGGAGGAUCAGGCCAGGAGGAGUGCUGGGCAGGAUAUUUGGUUCCUUUCAUUGUCUCCCUUUCUUUACCACCCGCAGGUGAAGGUACACAUGGCAGUGGCAGGUAAAAAUGACUUUGCAGUUCUCAACACCGGGCGGAAAAUGCCUCUCCUCGGUCUAGGAACAUGGAAGAGCGAACCUGGCAAGGUAAAACAGGCAGUGGUGUGGGCUUUGCAGGCUGGCUACCGUCACAUCGACUGUGCUGCCAUCUAUGGCAAUGAGGUGGAGAUUGGUGAGGCUCUGCAGGAGACACUUGGCCCUGACAAAGCCCUGAGGCGAGAGGAUGUGUUUAUCACCUCUAAGCUGUGGAACACACAGCAUCACCCAGAGGAUGUUGAGCCUGCUCUGCUUAAGACACUGAAGGAGCUGAGGCUGGAGUACCUGGAUCUCUACCUCAUUCACUGGCCCUACGCUUUCCAACAAGGUGACGCUCCUUUCCCUAAGUCAGAGGACGGCACCCUGCUGUAUGACGACAUCGACUACAAGCUGACUUGGGCUGCCAUGGAGAAGCUGGUGGGAAAGGGCAUGAUCAGGGCUAUCGGCCUGUCCAACUUCAACAGCAGACAGAUAGACGACGUGCUGUCUGUAGCCAACAUCAAACCCACUGUGCUUCAGGUGGAAAGCCAUCCGUAUCUGGCUCAGGUGUUGUUGCUGCAACACUGCCGGGACAGGGGCCUGGUGAUGACAGCGUACAGCCCACUGGGGUCACCGGAUCGGGCAUGGAAGCAUCCUGACGAGCCCGUCCUCCUGGAUGAACCAGCCAUCAGCACCUUGGCCAAGAAGUACAACAAGUCCCCAGCACAAAUUAUCAUUAGAUGGCAGACGCAGCGAGGAGUGGUGACGAUCCCUAAAAGUGUGACCGAGGCUCGGAUCAAAGAGAAUAUCCAGGUGUUUGACUUUACCCUUGCAGCAGAAGAGAUGAAGUGUAUAACAGCAUUGAACAAAGGCUGGCGCUACAUUGUACCAACCAUCACAGUUGAUGGGAAGCCCGUCCCCAGAGAUGCAGGACAUCCACACUACCCCUUCAUUGACCCCUACUGAGUAAAUCCCCAACUGCUGCCCACUUGUGCCUUGGGAACCCCCUCCCCUUCCUCAACCCCAUCCUAGGCUGUGUCCCAAUUCAAUUAAAUAGCUUCAUUUUGUCAUAAUCCUCCUGAGUGACAACUGAUUUGAGAAGUAUUUUUUUUUAGGGGAAAGAAGGUUGGUAGAAAAAGUUCAGCUCCUGUCAGAUCAGUUGUCAUGGUGGUGGGGUGGCGGGGAAAGAGUGCUUUAGAGUGUAUUAGGACAUAGCAUCUGUGUUCUUCGUAAUAAAAAUGUUUUGUUACUGCCCUUGAA